GCCUAGUAUAAAUGUCUCUUAAACUCAUUUUAGAUGGAAGUUAACAAGCAAUGCAAAUGCACGGGUAACUUAGUUCUGAAUAAACGCGAAAGCAACACUUAUAGGGUGGUGACGAAUUCAAGGGUAGAUAAGAAAAAGAAAAAAUGUGUAGCCUCGAGAAGCGUGGCAACGCCUGGGUACUAACCCUCGACGGCGACGACGGCGACGUCCAACACCGCCUCAACCCAACCCUAAUUGAUUCCCUCCUCUCAACGCUUAACCGUCUCGCAUCUCAAGCCACUCCCGGCUCCGUCCUCGUCACCACCGCCACCGGCAAAUUCUUCUCCAACGGCUUCGACCUUUCCUGGGCGCGCGCCGCCGCUUCCGCCUCCGCCGCCACCGACCGCCUCCAGUUCAUGGUGGACUCCCUCAAGCCCGUCUUGGCGGCGAUCAUGUCCCUUCCCAUGCCCACCAUCGUCGCCAUCAACGGCCACGCCUCCGCCGCCGGGUUCCUCCUCGCGGUCAGCCACGAUUACGUCCUCAUGCGCAGCGACCGCGGCGUGCUCUACAUGCCGGAGGUAGACCUCGGGCUGCCGCUGCCGGGCUACUUCGCCGCCGUCAUAAGGUCCAAGAUCAGGUCCCCGGCGGUGAUGCGCGACUUGGUGCUGGGCGGCGCGAAGCUAACGGCGGCGGAGGCGGUGAGGAUGGGAAUCGUGGAUUCGGCGCACGAUAGCGCGGAGAGCACGGUGGAGGCUGCAAUGCGCCUGGGGGAGCAGUUGGCACGGAGGAAGUGGGUGGGUGAAGUGUACGCAGAGAUAAGGAAAAGUCUUUACCCAGACGCGUGUAAGGUUCUAGGGUUGACUCAGAAAGCGAUCGUCUCCAAGAUCUGAAUCAAUGAAUCUCUAUUAUUUCAUUAAUCCGUGUUUGGAUUGGCUUUUUCUUACUCUUGGACGCGCAUCCUCCUGCAACAAUAUAAAGCGGCUUCUACGUCUUUCUAGUAGAUACUUACGCGCAUCCAAACGCCACACAACAAACAAUUAUUAGUUAAUUAUUUUUGUUUGUUGUACUUUUGUAUCUUUUCCUGGACCCGAAAGAUCCGCUUUCACUUAUCAAUAAUAAAUAAUUUUUUUUUUUUCUAAAAGUAAA